AUGGUAAGUUCAUCACUAUUGUAAGAUUAUCUCUGAGUUGAAUUAUGUACCAGAUCAAACUCCUAACGUGGGCUUUAUUUUUCGCGAUGUUCGCGACAGCUUUUUCGCGAGGACCAUAUAUUUGGGAUGUGCCGAAAAAGCCGGUGACGGUGGCAGCUCGAACUUGUUCGAAAAACGAAACAUUAACCGUUUGCGGGAAUAAAUGCGACGAGAUUUGCGGCGCCUCAAAAAAAGUUAGUUUGAACAAAAUUUUAAGAAAGUCUUCAAGGGAGGUCAUUUCACUUUGCGGUUGGGAAGUUUCUAAAAAUUCAUCGAAUACCAAAUUAAGGUCUUGGAAGUCCCAAUCUGCCCAACUUCCUAGAUCUCUAGAGCUCCAUUUUGACUGACUUUGAGCCCUCGUUUCUCAAAAACUAGCAAGUUGUGUAGCUUAAGGAUUUCAGAAUCCUUUUUAAGUACUCUAGGAAGACAAAUUUUCAGCCGCAAGGUGAAAUGACCUUCCUUUUUUGCAGUUGAAAAGGUGAAUUUUCAGUUAUGCCACCUAUAUUGCGGCCCUCCGGCUUGCACCUGUAUUCCGGGUUUCGCCCGGGCUUCUCGGUUAAAUGAUGCUCCCUGCAUAUCCCUCAAAGAUCCCCUGUGCAAAUCCCCCGAAGAGAAGAAGCAUUGUCCCUUAGGCUGUGGACCCGGCAAAACUUGCCGACCGCGGCUGUGUUACCGACCGCCUUGUGGUUAUAGAUGCGUCUAG